UGAAAUUUUCUAAUGCACUUACUUUGUAAUGGCCUAAAGUUACAUAUAAUUAUUUAUUAAUAUCUAUUAACAUAAUUAAUAUGGUUUAAAUACAAGAAAAUAGUAAUUUUAAAUAAUUCUCUUAUUACUGUUAAUAGUAAUUAUUUAAGUUUCUGAUAAAAGAAGGUUCGUGUACUAAGUAUUCUCAUUGGGCACACCACUUUUCUUAGUUCCAAUCAUUUAUUAAAUCUAAAAAUCUUAAAAUAAAGUUAAAAUCUUCAACAAAGUGAGUUAAUACUACCCACAAUAUUAAAAAAUGUUAGAAAGCAGAGUAAACAAAAAUUUAACAACUAAGAAAUUAUACAAGCAGUUUUGUUGCUAUGGCAAUGAAAAAUAUACAACAUAAACAAUAAAAAUUUGGUCUCUUAAUAGCUAACAUUUUAUCAAUACUUAAUACAAUAUUUUUACUAUGACAUAAGUGUUACAGACAUACUUAGUUAAAAUUAUGUAAUUAUUUGUAUUACAAUUAUUCAAUACCAUGAUUGAGUCAUGACAGAAGUACAGUUAUAUGUGAUUUUUAAUCUGUUUUUGUUGAACUUUCGAUUAUUUAUAAACAACUUAAUAACAUAAAAAUAAUAAUCAAUAUUACAAAUAAUUGGGAUGUACUAGAAAUGGAUAAAUAUGUAUUAAAUGACAAUAGUAAACUGGUAGGACUAGAAAAAUUACAGAGUUGAACUUAGCUUGAAAAAAAUUUUAAAAUCAUAGAUAUAUAAAUUUCAUAUGACCCAAGUUAUGUCUAAGAGAUAAUAUUUAAUUAAAUAUGAAUUAAUUAUUUUAACUCAGCGAUUCCUACUAGGAUUUUAAAAAAAGGAAAAAUAUAAAAUAUGAAAAUUCCUUGCAGGCUGUGAAUAAUAGAGAAGGAGUGAUCUCCUAAUGUAUCCCUAGUAAAUUUAGUUUUAGCGAGGACCACACAGAAUUCUUAAAAGAACCACAAAGUGGAACCACUACUUUGAUUCAUUAUAAAUAAACGACAAAAUUCAGAAACAACCAUCUACUGCAUCAACGCGAAAGGCCGAAGAUUGGUUAGGGUUACUAUCAGAUAGCGAAGAUAUGGUCUAUGAACCUACUGUCGUGGGAAAUUCUAAUGUUAAUAGACGUAAUAACUUAAAAAAACAUGGUACUCAUAGAACAUCUCGAUCAGAAGGUUUAUUAUUUGAUAAUGAUGACAAUAUUGUAAACAUCGAUAACGAUAUAAGUAGUGAUAUAAUUAAUACCGAAAGGAAUAAAAGAACAAUUUCGAAAAAUGACAUAAAUUCUUUUGACUUUGGGGUUUUACCCGAUGUCAAUUCAACUAAAGAAAUUUCAGAAACUGGUAAAUUAACAACGCUUGAUACUAUAUCAAAACGGCGAGAUACCUCUCCAUCGAUAACUUUUACAAAAGAUUUAAAACAGAAAUCAAAAAUUAAAUCUGAUAGGCAAAUUAAUCAUGAAAACAUGCCUUCUUGGUUGAGUGGAUUGAUACAACAAAAUGAAAAGCCAAAUUUAAAUGUUCCUAACGAUAAUUUACAAGAAAUUAAAAAAAUUCAGUCAUUAGACAUUACGGAAAAAAACAUAAUCAAUGAAAAUUCUUCUAUUUUAUCACUUCUUAAAGGAAAAGAAAAAGUCCAAUCUACUGUUUUAGAAUUAGUACAAGAAUUAUUACAAAAAAAACAUGAUAUUCAACAAGCUACCAUUACGUUGAUACAGGACCAACAAAAUCGUGAUCUUCUUAUAAAAGCGUUAAUAUUGGACAACCCAGGAAUCCACAAUGCGGAUGAACAACAGUUGGAGAAUUUGAAGACUGAAAAUAAAAUUUUGCAACUAACUAUUGAUCACACAUCCAAAAAGAAUGAGCUGGAAUUGGACGCAUUGAAAACUAAAUUUGAAUUAGAAUUGGACGCUUUACGAGAAAAGUUAAGUCGAUAUGAAAUACGAAUAAAUGAAUUAGAAGAGGAACGAAAAAAUGAUGCAAUAGAACGAAAAGAAAACGAAAAACUUUUAAAACAGUCUUAUGAAGAUAGACUAAAGGUAAUACAUGAAAGUCAUUUGAUUGAUCUGAAGCAAUCAACCGAAAUACAAAAAAUAAAAAUGACUCAUUUAGAAGAAUUUGAUACUAAUUUAAAAAAUUCUCAAUCUAAACGUACUUUUAACAGUGAGGAUAUGACAGCGAGAGAGAUAUUAAUAAGUACACAAGAAAAAAAACUUAAAGAUUUGCAAGAAGAAAUAGGUAAACAGUUAGCAGAUAUAGAGUGCGAGAGAGAAAGUUUCCAAGUAAAAGUCGAUGAUUUUGAAGCAAAAAGUUCUAAAGAACGUAAUGAGUUGGAAUUUUCCAAAAAAGAGUUGAAAAGAUCUAUAACUACAUUUGAAAAUAGUCGUAAGCUAUGGGAACGAGAGAGAAAAUCAGAAAUUCAAUAUAUUGAAAAUCGGAAAGAUGAAUUAGAAGCUAUUCGUUCAUCAGUAAUGGAAGAACAAAGAAAAUUAGCAGAAGAACGAUUUGAAGUAAUAUCGGAACGUUAUCGUCUUGAAACUUUGAUGAAAUUAGAUUUUGGUACAGAAAGUGAUUUUAUAAAAGCAAAAGCAGAAUUCAAACAAAAUUUAGAAGAUUUAAAAAAAAGAGAAAAAGAUUUAGAAAAAAGAGUAGAACACAUAGAAGAACAAGAAAAACAUCUAGCUGAAACGAAGUGUAAAAUUCAGGAACAAGAUGAUGAAGUAAAAAAAAAAUCAAUUCGUGCUGAAAAACUUUUAAAGAUGGCUAUGGUUAAACAAGAAGAAGGCUUAAAAUCAUUGGAAAUUGCUAAAGAAAUUCAAAGUAAAUUUGAAAGAAAAGGUUAUGACAUUCAUAAACGUUUAUUAGAAGUUAUCAAACGAGAAGAAAAUGUAUUAAAAGAAGAAAGUAAAUUGGUAACUGAGAAAGAUCAAUUUGAUAUUAAAAGAAAAAAACUGGAUCUUAUCCUACCUCACUUAUCAGCUGAUGAUAUAUAUUUGCAUGAUUUAAGACCUAUCAAACGAAUUGCUGAAAAAGAUGUUAAACAUAGAAAACUUGACUAUUCUAAUGUUAAUAUAACUUAUUAAACACUUAUAAAUUUUAUUUAUGUAUACCAUUUUAGUUUCCUUAUGAAAAGUAAUAUAAUUAUAACAUUUUUAUUCAAAAAUGUGCCGUUCAAGCUCAUUCAAAUGAUUUAUUCACAUUUGUACCAUGACGCCGCAAAAUCAGAGGGAAGGGGUAUUGUAACCCUCAAUCCGAAAUGAUUAACAAUGUUAGUCGUGAUAGCCUUUUUUUUGUUGCUAAAACUGCAUAAAAAAUUUUAUAGUAAAUUUUAAUUAUUCAAAAAUUAGUAAACAAAACUCAUUCCUUAAAAUUAAUUAUACAACUAUGUAUUUCUAUCAUAACAGGCAGCAACUCAGUAUAUUAAUAUAUACUAUUAAUUCUUUUUAAAAUUAUUAAUUAUUAUGCAAAUUUAACUAUGCACUAUUUUAAAAUUGACCAGAAACAAUUUUUUUUACACUAAUAAAUAA